CUUACGAUGGAUUUGGCGUGGAGCGUAGGGAGAGCCUGUAUUUGCGUGCGCAUUAGCUGUGACGUUGGGCAAGCGAAUCACAAGACUGGAGGACCCGUAUUGAGCUGUGUUUGUGUGUGACUGUGGAAACCAUGUCGGCAAGGAUGGUGUACACCGGAGGACCUGUGUCAAUGAAAUCCACCAAAACCUAAAGAACCAGUGCAAAUUGUGCAAUUUCACCCUAUAAAGAAUUGGACAAACUCCGGGGAUCCUUUUUUACGAUUGUGUUAUCGCUAUACUGACUCGUGCGUUGUAUUCAGUGGCAAAAUUAUCUUAAACGAAUGGUGGAAUAAUAGUCCCCGAAAGCAGACGCUGAAAGGAGUGGAGAGAAGGGCUCGGCAAGAAGAGACGGGCGCUCGCUUUUGGGGAAUGUUAUCCGUACUCUCCUAUGGCAGACUGGUUGCGAGGGCUGUCCUUGGCGGACUCUCUCAAACUGAUGGUCGGGACUACAGCCUGGUCACAGCUAGCUGCGGGUUUGGGAAAGACUUUCGUAAGGGGAUCUUGAAGAAAGGGAUGUGUUACGGGGAUGACGCUUGUUUCAUUGCCCGGCAUAGGUCCGCGGAUGUCUUGGGUGUGGCGGAUGGUGUAGGUGGAUGGAGGGACUACGGGGUGGACCCGUCCCAGUUCUCUGCCACCCUGAUGAGGACGUGUGAGCGACUGGUGAAGGAGGGCCGCUUCACACCCAGCAGCCCUGUGGGCAUCCUCACCUCUGGCUACUAUGAGCUCCUACAGAACAAAGUACCCCUGCUUGGGAGCAGCACAGCAUGUAUCGUGGUCCUGGACCGACAGAGCCAUCAACUGCACACGUGUAAUCUAGGGGACUCUGGUUUCCUGGUGGUGCGAGGGGGAGAGGUGGUGCACCGCUCAGACGAACAGCAGCACUACUUCAACACCCCUUUCCAGCUGUCCAUUGCUCCCCCAGGGGCAGAGGGAGUGGUACUCAGUGACAGCCCUGAGGCCGCUGAUAGCUCCUCCUUCGAUGUCCAGCUGGGUGACAUCAUCCUGACUGCCUCGGAUGGCCUCUUCGACAACAUGCCCGACUACAUGAUCCUGCAAGAGCUCAAAAAGCUCAAGAGCGCCAACUAUGACAGCAUCCAGCAGACGGCACAGAGCAUUGCAAAGCAAGCCCACGAACUGGCCUAUGACCCCAACUACAUGUCCCCUUUCGCUCAGUUUGCCUGUGACAAUGGCCUGAAUGUAAGAGGGGGGAAACCUGAUGACAUCACGGUGCUGCUGUCCAUAGUGGCAGAAUACACAGACUAAGUGUGUGUGAUGCUUAUUGGAACUGUUUACUUCCUUCCCUCCAUCCAAGUCUUCCACCUGCCUCCUUCUCAAAUGCACUGCGGCACCUCCCCCACAUCCCCUCACUGACCUUCCCAUCUCUCUGCCACAACAUAGAACACAAACUCCUCACCAUAGAAUUGAGCUCUAUCUGUAUUCUUCAAUUAUGUUUUGGUACUAUAUUAGUGAGAGGCAGGCAGGCAGCUUGGACUUUAUCGUGUUAAUCGUAAUGCAGACGGUGCAGAACAGCACGCUGCUUCCUUCCCAUUCUCCCAUAUCUUAUUUGAAAACAUCACUUCAUUGGGACUGCGACCAAAGGGAGUUUGCUUUACAUUUUAGUCAUUUUAGCAGACGCUCUUAU